AUGUACGAUCGUCACAAGACGGCGUUAAAAAUGCUGGCUAUACGAGUGUUAUUUCUCAGCUGUUUAGCGACGUCACAUCAACUCUAUGGCGAUAUUUACAGCGAAAUCGAGUCGCUGAGCCUGAUCCGGCAGAAGCAGACACAUUUGUGCUAUCGAGAAGUGCCAGCCGUUUUCUUUCAGGUGGCGAAGAACGAACCGAUACGUGGUAAUGGGUCCAGUAUUUUCUAUCAGCGCAUCGAAGUCUGCUGUGUAGGGUACAGACGUGUGGCGGAGCAGUGCGUACCCGACUGUUCCCACAGCUCGCCCGACAAUUGUCGCAAUGGCUUCUGUCGGGCCCCCAACAGCUGCGAAUGCUUUGAGGAGUUCGUCAGGAACGAGCAUGGGAGCUGCAUACACACCUGUCCCAUUGCCUGCCAGCAUGGACGGUGCUAUAUGAAUGGCACCUGCUCCUGCCACUCCGGCUACGAGCUGGACCAGGAGACGAGGCUCUUUUGUCGCCCGCAUUGCCCGCUGGGCUGUGGCACGCAUCAGGAGUGUGUGGCGCCGGGGAAAUGCGACUGCUUGUCCGGAUAUCAGCGCACGGAGUUCGGCUGUCAGCCUGUCUGCACGCCCGACUGUGGCUAUGGAAAGUGUGUGGGUCCCAAUCAGUGCGAUUGCUUUCCCGGCUACAUGAAACGGAAGCACCGAAAUGUUUGCGAGACUGAGUGCUAUCUAAAUUGCGAGAAUGGGUUUUGCGAAUCGCGCAUGAAGUGCCAUUGCCACGAGGGAUAUAGUUACGAUGUCAAUACCGACAGCUGUCUGCCCCAAUGCUCUGACAACUGCAAUGGCAAUGGCGUUUGCAUCGCUCCUGGUGUCUGCCGCUGCUACGAGGGCUACGAGCUGCUGGGAAAUAGCUGCGAGCCUGUGUGCUGGGGCGGAUGCGGCUACUAUGGACGCUGUCUAGCUCCCAAUGUCUGUGGCUGUAGCCCCGAUCGGCAGCAUUGUCUCUUCGGCAGCUGCACUGCGCAAGGCCAUUGCCAAUGCCCCCCCGGUCUGACCUAUUUCGUGGACCGAUGCCUCAGUCCAGAACACUUGCAACAUGGAGCGAUGGCUCGCAGCGAGAUCUUGAACUACAAUCAACAGUUUAUUCAUGAAUUCAGAAUGCUCAUUGGUCGCUUGUUUAUUUGAAAUGUCGAGCAUAAAAUA